GUCUGGGAUAUUGGAGGGCAACCUCGCUUUAGGAGCAUGUGGGAACGAUACUGUAGAGGAGUGAACUGCAUCGUGUAUAUGGUUGAUGCUGCAGAUCAUGAAAAGCUAGAAGCUUCAAGAAAUGAACUCCAUGGGCUUUUAGAAAAACCACAAUUAGCAGGCAUUCCAGUCUUAGUUUUGGGAAAUAAAAAGGAUCUUCCCAAUGCGCUAGAUGAGAAAGAACUAGUGGAGAGACUUAACUUGGCAUCAAUUCAAGAUCGAGAAAUCUGUUGCUACUCCAUUUCAUGUAAAGAGAAAGAGAACAUUGAUAUCACUCUGCAGUGGUUAAUCCAACAUUCAAAGUCACGUGGUUGAAGUAAUUGUAGAUUCAUUCAGAUUCCUUGUAAAGAGGACAAAGGCUUGGUGCAUUUGGCAGAAUGAAUGGGAUCAGAGUGGCCAUUUGCAAUCAAAUUUAUAGAACUUAAAGAAAAUACAUGAUGCCCUUUUUCUAUUAAUAAACUAUAGUGAGUGCUUAAAGCCAUCAACGUGUUUUAAAUCCUAUAAUAUGACGUACCCGUAGUUACCUUUCAGCUCCCAGAAGUGAUUAACAUGUAAGUUCUCUCUAUUUUUACGCAUACUUUAUCCUGCAAACAGGUAAUGAGAAGACUCAAACUUAUUAAAUAGAAGUUGUUAUCUUGAUCUAACACCAAAUUCCCAUGACUAAUUUACAAGGUAAAGUGUAGCAGCUAGAGGAGAGAAUUAACAGUCAGAUCUUGGAGUGAAAGGGUUUAUUAGAGAGUCCAACCGCUAUUUUCUGUAUGAACUUUAAAAUAAAAAAAAAAUACUCAUAACCAAUCAUUUUUGUGAAGAGUUGCAUUUGUCUGUCAAGAGUUGUGGGCUGGGUUUUUAAAAAGAACAGACAAUGUGAUCCAUAGCAAUGAGGCAGAGAAAUGUUGAAGGGUUUACCUUGCAACUGUUGAAAGAAAGUGUAAAUUGUAUUAACACCUUAGGGAAAGAGUCAACUAAUUUAUGUGCUUUACUGUGAAUACAUUGUAUGAUUGUUUUCUGUUUUUUUGUUUUGUUUUUUUUUUUGGUUGUUGUUGUCGAUAAUUAAAUCACAACCUUGCCAGUCAGAAUGAAGCUUGAUUACUUUGGGCAAAUUAAUAUUUGUUUUUCUCAAAAUGUGCUCCAGUGAAAGUUGCUGUGGAACAUUGCUUGACUAGUCUAGAAAGUGUUUUCUUCAAAGAUAGUAAAAAUAUUAAAUGAUAACAGUUUGUUUGGUAUCAUUGUACCAUGUUGCAAUCCUCUGAUUUUUGUAAAUUUGGCUUUUUCAUAGACAGGUUGAAUUCAGUUAUUCCAAACGUGAUUUAGUAAGGUCUAAUUUGGUGUUUUUUUUUUUUUUUUACAAUAACUCUUUGAUGACUCAGUGGAUCAAAGUUUCACAACUACAAAACUACUGACGAAGACAGCAUUUCUUCUUACUAUGUUGAUACAAUAUCAAACAGUCAAUUAAUGAGAAUAAAGAAAAAAUAUCAGUAAA